AUGAACUUUAUUAGAAAAUUUAUAGGGACAACUACGACGGAUGAAGUUGCCCUGCUUCCUUCAGGUAAACUUUUUCUCACGCGAUCAAAACAGUCACCUAAAGGUGCAAUUGAAUGUCUUUAUAAUGACGCAUUUGCCUCGAUAAAACAAACAAACACACCGUUUCUUUAUCAGUUGAGUAUAAUCAAAGUUUAUCAGGAAGGCGAGAGUGAGUUUGGUAGCAAUUCUGGAUUUGACGAGGACGAGGAUGAAGAUGAUGACGAUGAAAAUGGAGGUAGUUUGGGAGGCGUUGUGGCUUCCGGACGUUCGUCUAGUUCGUUAUUGUCCAACUCACAUUUCGAUUCCAGCAACAACUCUAAAGAUGAAUGGAUUUUCCCCUUGAAUGAAGAGUUGAAAAUCUUCAAAUACGAGAAACUGGAUGGAACCAGAGCAAUUGCAUGGAAUGACUUGAAUGGAGAUUUGGGUGACAGAUUUGAGUUUAUUGUUGAUGAAGAUAUAAGAAUAAGCGAUUUCGAUCUGUUUGUGGUGACUAUCUACAAGUGUCUUUAUGAGAACAAGUAUCAAGAAAGUUCAAUGAGAUUGAAUGGUAUGAGUAAAUUGAAGGAGUUUGUGUAUAGCCCAAAGCAGGAAUUGUUGAAUUUCGAUGAUCUGGAAAAUUCGGAAAAUUCUGGUGAUGAUUAUGAAGAAGAAGAGGAAGAAGAGGAAGAAGAAGAAGAAGAAGAGGAAGAAGAGGAAGAGGAGGAAGAGGAGGAAGAAGAGGACGAGGAAGAUGAGGAAGAAGAGGACGAGGAAGACGAUGGUGAAGAUGAUGUAGAUGAGGAAGAAGAAGAGGAAAGGAACAAUGAGACAUACAAGGAUCAAAAAGAGCAAUUAUCCAAGCAUGAUACCGAUAGUGCUAGUACUAGCGAAAAAGAGAACAGCGAUGUGGAACCAAUAGGAAAAGUUGUUUACUCAACGAAAAAGUUUACCCUACAUUUAUUUGACUCCACGACUGGAUCGUUUCAUUUAAAAAGCUCGUUUCCCGAAUUGAAAUUGAUAGACUUGAGCAAAUGGGAGUAUACUUUAUACAUCAAAGGAGAAAAUGGGAUCAAGAUUAAUAAUAUAUUGAGCAGGAACAUGAAUCCCACAUUUAAUUUUGAACAUUUGUCAUUCAUUUUUAAUCAUUAUUCUGUUUCUCAAGAUGGCGUUACUGCCAACUCAUGGUUACUCAAAUUUCAUAUUUUUAAUGACUUGGUGAAUUUUCAAAAUAAGUUCUUGACACUAAUGUACGAAACGUUGAAUAAAAAGAAAUUUGGUGACCAAUCCGAACAAGACUAUAUUGUUGAUGCAUUUUCUCAUUUAGAUGUGAGUAGCGAGGAUGAAGAAGAGGUGAAGAAAAUUGCAGAAGAAGAAGAAGAAGAAGAAGAAGAAAAUGAAGAUGAAAAAGAAGAAGAUAAAGACGAGGAGGAACCCGAACAUGAGGCUGAAGAAUUCAACGAGGAGCUCAACAAUUUUAAAAAAAAGAAUAGAAAUACAUAUUUAGCUGUUGGCUACAAAGGUCGCACAUUUGUUGCUCGAGGUGAUAAAAUAGGCGUUUUCAGCCAGGGAAACAAAAAUUUGAACUAUGAAGUUACAAUAAAUAACGUAUCUGACUUGAAAGGGAACCCUCUCGACCCGAAAAAAAUGUUGCUUCAUCAAGAGGACCAGUACUUGGUUCUAUCUAACCCAGCGUUAAACGACAAAGCCCUUUACAAAAUGGAUCUCAAUCGUGGUAAAGUAAUUGAAGAAUGGCAAGUUUCCGAGACCCUCCCCCUCAAGUCGUAUGCCCCAACAUCCAAGUUUGCACCGAUGUCGAAUGAGCAAACCUUGACUGGUAUAUCUUCCAACAAUUUAUUCACUAUUGAUCCACGACUUGCUGGUGUCAAGUUGGUAAAUGAUCAUACCCACAAGGCAUACAAAACUACAAAUAAUCAAUUUCAGACUUUGGCAACAACAGAAAAAGGUCACCUUGCGGUGGGUUCAGCAAAAGGUGACAUUAGAUUAUACGAUAGAUUAGGUAUCAAUGCAAAAACCGCAUUACCUUCACUUGGUGAUCCGAUUUUGGGACUUGACGUGUCCAAAGAUGGUAGAUGGAUUUUGGCUACUUGUAAAACAUAUCUUUUGUUAAUUGACACGAAAAUUGGUUCAGGUCAAAAAAAUGCUGGAAAAUAUGGGUUUGAAAAAUAUUUUGAUAUAGAUAAGAAACCUACACCUCGAAGGUUGGCAUUACAACCAGAACAUGAAGCAUUCAUAACCAAGCAAAAUAACAAGAGUGAAGUCAGUUUUACCCCAGCUUAUUUCAACACUGGUAUCGACAAAAGAGAAACAAGCAUUAUUACCUCUACUGAUAACUAUGUCAUUACUUGGUCACUUUCCAAAGUAUUGAGAAAUCAAAAGAAUCCCUACCAAGUGAAAAGGUACAGUGAAAAGGUCAUUGCUGAUAAUUUCAAGUUUGGAUCUAACAACGAAGUCAUCACUGCUUUUCAAGAUGACGUAUCGAUGACAAGCAGACGUAAUUUAGGAAAUUUUGAUAAGAUUCUUAAUACAGUAUAG